AUGUUUGAGCUUCUUGCCACCGUCCUCAAUGAUUUGGUUUUUGAGCUGCUGCGUCUGUUAUUGGUUGUCUGCUGCUGUGGUUUACAGUGUGCAGUGUCUGGUUGUUGCUGGCUUGCUGCUGUUACUUUCUACUGUUGCUUUGCUGGUGCUUUCAAGUGCAGUCUGUUCUGUUUGGUGUGCAUAAGUAAUCUCUAUGACCGACAUAUCAGCAAGUCCAAUCAAGGCGCUCAGCUUAUGUUCCUGCUGAUGGUGAAGGAAAGUUGCGUUAUUAGCUGGUGGGGAUGUAUUGGCGAUACUUCUGUUUGCUGCAAUUGGAAGAUUUAGCCAUGAUUUCCUGUUUUCGAAGCUGAAACGUUGCGUAUUGGUCACCCAUUCAUCGCGGGUUUGUUAGAUUUUAUUAACAGUUGAGCUAUUGACUAUCCAUGUAAAGUGUUUAGAUUUCGGGGUAAUUAGUGUUGAAAUUUGGUGCAGGAUGAUUUCUUAGUGCAUAAUUCUUUGGAGGAUAUAGUGAGGAUGGUCAAGGGAUGAAUGGUUCGAAUAAGGCAGUAGCUGCUGCGGCUAAAUCUUGGGCCUUGGGUAUACCGGUAAGUCCGUUUUUUACCUUUUUCAUGUUUACUCCAUGAAUUCACACUUGAAAGAUCGAUCCUCAUUGAACAAUGCAUUUCUGCUCCAAAUAAAGUCUGCAACUUCUUAAACUGUAUAGGAGAAUUAUGUAUUAAAUCAGUACAUGUUGAGAAACUUUUCAUGGCAUCGGAUUUUUGCCUUCAGCCUCCAGGGGACAGUCCAACGAGAAAGUCCAUGUUUGAUUCUCUCAUUGUUGGCUGCAUCCCUGUUGUGUUUGAUCCAUUCACGGCACAUUAUCCUGGAAGUAUUCCGUGUUUAUAGACCAAGACGAGGUCAAGCUGUCAUGGGUGAAUGUGAUAGAGAGGCUUAUGAAGAUCCCUCGAAAAGAAACGCAACAAAUGAGGAAGUAUAUUAUUAAUGAGUUGAUGCCUAGGUUGGUUUAUGCAACUGC